AUGACUGAGGUGGUAGAGCCCCACGGUGGAUCAGAGCCCCACGGUGGAUCAGAGCCCCCCAGUGGAUCAGAGCCCCACGGUGGAUCAGAGCCCCCCAGUGGAUCAGAGCCCCACGGUGGAUCAGAGCCCCCCAGUGGAUCAGAGCCCACGGUGGAUCAGAGCCCCCCAGUGGAUCAGAGCCCCCCAGUGGAUCAGAGCCCACGGUGGAUUAGAGCCCACGGUGGAUCAGAGCCCCCCAGUGGAUCAGAGCCCCACGGUGGAUCAGAGCCCCCCAGUGGAUCAGAGCCCACGGUGGAUCAGAGCCCCCCAGUGGAUCAGAGCCCCCCAGUGGAUCAGAGCCCACGGUGGAUCAGAGCCCACGUGGAUCAGAGCCCACGGUGGAUCAAAGCCCCACGGCGGAUCAGAGCCCAUGGUGGAUCAGAGCCCCACGGUGGAUUAGAGCCCCAUGGUGGAUCAGAGCCCACGGUGGAUCAGAGCCCCACGGUGGAUCAGAGCCCCACGGUGGAUCAGAGCCCACGGUGGAUCAGAGCCCACGGUGGAUCAGAGCCCCACGGUGGAUCAGAGCCCCCCGGUGGAUCAGAGCCCACGGUGGAUCAGAGCCCCACGGUGGAUCAGAGCCCCCCAGUGGAUCAGAGCCCACAGUGGAUCAGAGCCCACGGUGGAUCAGAGCCCCCCAGUGGAUCAGAGCCCCCCAGUGGAUCAGAGCCCACGAGCCCACGGUGGAUCAGAGCCCCCCAGUGGAUCAGAGUCCCCCAGUGGAUCAGAGCCCACGGUGGAUCAGAGCCCACGGUGGAUCAGAGCCCACGGUGGAUCAGAGCCCACGGUGGAUCAGAGCCCCACGGUGGAUCAGAGCCCCACGGUGGAUCAGAGCCCCACGGUGGAUCAGAGCCCACGGUGGAUCAGAGCCCCACGGUGGAUCAGAGCCCACGUGGAUCAGAGCCCACGGUGGAUCAGAGCCCCACGGUGGAUCAGAGCCCCCCGGUGGAUCAGAGCCCCACGGUGGAUCAGAGCCCCACGGUGGAUCAGAGCCCCACGGUGGAUCAGAGCCCACGGUGGAUCAGAGCCCACGGUGGAUCAGAGCCCCACGGUGGAUCAGAGCCCACGGUGGAUCAGAGCCCCACGGUGGAUCAGAGCCCCACGGUGGAUCAGAGCCCACGGUGGAUCAGAGCCCCCGGUGGAUCAGAGCCCCACUACACACAGUGA